AUGUCUAAGGUGCCCGUCCCACAGCUGGGUUUGGGGUUCAUCCCUGAUUUUCCUCACGAUUUCGAUUCAGACCAGGAGGUCGAGUUUAUCCCAGAGGAGCAGCCUGCUGAGGCCCCUGUUCUUCCUGAUGAUCAGCUUCUUGACAUGCCCGCUGAUCAUGAGCCUGCUUUAGCCGACCCUUUACCUGUGCACGACCCUAUUCCUGAUGAUGUACCAGUCGUUGCACCACCCGCUGUUGAUGCUCCAGUAGUUGCACCACCAGUUGUUGAUGCCCCAGUGGUUGCACCCCUGCCUGAUCCUAUGCCUGUAUUUGUUGACCAUGCACCUUUUGCCACCCACAUCGAUCCUAGAUAUGCUGACACCCGUAAUUGGUGGAUUGAGGAUGAUGAUGACUAUCCUCCGUUUGUUCUACCAGUCACUCCCCCUGCUGCACCUGUUUUUGCACCCGCCGAUGUCCCACAGUAUCACCCUCAUGUGUCAGACGUCCACCGCACAGACUUACCCAUUACAUUUCUUUAG